AUGAAUGUGAAAUCGAAAUCUAAUCGAAGAGGCAUGUCUUCCACGUCAGAACGACAGCCUCACCAUGAUCUGUCGAACGAUCCACCACCGAGUUACUCUGCCGCCAUCAACGAGACUAUGAAUCACUCUCCCCAACCAUGGUCAUCAACGACAAACCGAGCCCCAACCAAUUCCCCUCCAAAUGGAACUCGGUCAUCCCCUUCAACAACACCGACACUUUCCUCGCCCAAUUCAUCUCCAUUGCGACCCCGCCUCUCCCAAGUAAUUGCGAUUCCUGCCACCGUCUCGAGAUUGGAUUCCCCUUUCCUUCGCGCGUACCCACCGGCCCUCGAAGCGUUCUCCAUUCCCAUGUCCACAUUUCUAAAUUUUCUCGACAACCUCAACCGAGUGGCUGUCACAUCGCCUCCUCUCCAAGUAUUGGCCACAGCAGGAGACAUUGUUAGCUUCAUACCAGAAACCACCGCCCAGAUCGUGGGGGCAUCGAUCAGUGCCGCCGCUCAAAUUUCCUCCGCGGCGAUCAGCUACGGUCGCACCGAGAUAGAGUUGCGAAAGGCGAACGCCGAGACCUUUGGGCCAAAAGGCUUGAAAGUCGAGAUCGCCAGGAUCGAUGCCGUUGCGAGACUGACGGGAAUGCCGAUCCUCAACAGCCAAGGAAAAGUCGAUAAAAGGGCGACAUUGCUGAAACCGCUCGACGAGCUUGAGGAAGGCGGUCUCACCAUCAGCGGGCAACAGAGAAGACUCGACACCAUGCAACCGUGGAUCGCACAUUUGGAAAUGACUCCCCUGCCCGAGACUAGAGAACUCCAAAAUCCGCUGGACGAAGUAAGCAUCAAGAUCAGCGAGAGGAUCAGAGUCAAGGGAGAGACGAAAUUGAUUAAGAAGCGAGGCCAAGCCCAUAGCGAGUACAAAAGGGAAGCGGAAAAGGUUCGGACAGAUUUUGACAAGGAGAUGAAUAAGAUUUACCGGAACAUGGAGAAGGAGAUGCGGAAGCUUGACGCAGAAAUCGACAAAGUUGGACUGAGUUCGAAGCCCGACACCGUCGCCAAAGUAGAAAGGGAGAAGGAAAAAGCGUUGGCUAAAUAUGAGAAGCAGAAGAGGAAAGAGGAGAAGGAGUAUGAGAAGGAAAUGAGGGAGAUUGAGAAGGACCAACUCAGUGAUGAUGAGGAAGAGAAACAUAUGAGGAAGAUACUCUGGUUGAUUAUCAGGGAAAAGGAUGCGUUCAGCGGUUAUGGACCAAAUCCGGAUGUCCCAGAUCCGGAAGGCUGGGCUGAAUUACCAUAG